GUUUCAACAGGAGCGCGCUACUUUCGCGGCGAUUGUGAGAAGCGUUUGUUCAAUAUCGUGAAGCUGAUUGAAUCUGCUUUGUCAGUUUUAUCGGUUGCCAAUAUGCACUGUCCGCACGACUGUUCACACGGUUCAGCGGCGCCGUCAGUUCACCAAACAUUGGAAGAACUAGAUUUCAGCAGGGGUCUGCUCGGCGCAUCCUCUGAUGGGAACUACGAGAAGGUCGAGUCACUUCUUCAAAAAGGCGGUGAUCCUGAUCAGGUGGACGGUUACGGCUACAGUGCACUUAUAUAUGCCUGCAGGCAUGGACAUUCAGACGUAGUUGAACUGCUGCUCAAUCGUGGUGCACGACCAAAUGUACAGACCAACGGGGGUGCCACAGCCCUCCACCGUGCAUCUUACCAAGGGCACGUGAAAUGCGUGCGUUUACUUCUCAACAAAGGUGCAGACUGCACUCUAGUAGACAGUGAUGGCAAAACAGCCCUACACAAGGCAGCAGAGAAUGGGCAUGAGGAAGUCUGCAGGAUGCUUCUGCAAAAGUCCCCAGGUAUACUUGUGGUGAAGGACAGUCGUGGGAGGACAGCAUUGGAAUGUGCACUGUCAAAGCAUUCACACCUCUCCGAGGUGCUUCGGUGACCGCAACAAAUGUGGACAGUGAUGGCAGAACAAAACACUUUGUCUGGCCCUGAUGUAUUGUGGUUUGCUCCACUUGUGCGUUCCAUGGUACAUGCUACUUACUGCAGACAAACCUGUCACACAUAUUUGUAUCUGGUAUCCCACCAAACUUGGCCUUCUUAACAUGACAAAGCAAAACUAAUGUUAUCAAGCGAGGCUGUGACUAAUUUUUUUAUACAUGCUGUAAAGUAUGGCACUGACAUAACAAAACCCCAUAUUCCACCCAUGCCACACUGCCACUUCCAAAUUCGUUUCUUAGCACCAUACAGGGUCUGCCAAUAUUAAAAGGAACACCUACAUUCAGGCAAUUAUUUCACCAAAAGUGCGAAUUUGAAUUGUUGCUGGUUUGCAGAUGUUCAGCAGUUCCUCAUUUGAAGAGUGUGCCGAAUGCUGCCCUCUACACUCAAGCAAAAAAAGUAAUAAAGCACUAACUGGCAGUGUUCAAUGCAAAUCAGAUGUUCCCUUUGUUACUGGUGCCUUGAGCUCAUAUGCCCAAGCGAAAUUCUGCUCACAGUCACUAUCUGU